AUGAAGGACCUAGGUGAACUAAGACACUUCUUAGGUAUUGAGUUUGCCAGAUCUCAACAAAGUAUUGUCAUGCAUCAGAGAAAGUAUGCUCUUAAACUCAUAUCUAAAACUGGACCUAGUGCUGCAAAACAAGCUCCUACACCUAUGGACGCUACUACAAGGUUAACCACUAGUGAGUAUGAUCAGCAUAUCAAGAAAACUGAUCAAGAUUGUGAUAUGCUUGCUGACCAAGGUGCCUAUCAAAGACUUAUAGGCAAGCUGCUGUAUCUAACAAUAACUAAACCAGAUAUAGCAUAUAGUGUACAAACACUAAGCCAAUUCCUACAGAAACCAAAACAGUCUCAUAUGAAUGUAGCUCUUAGAAUUGUUAAGUAUAUCAAGGGCAAACCAGGACAAGGUCUACUAUUGUCUAGCAACAAAAGGGAUGUACUCAUAGCCCAUUAUGAUGUAGAUUGGGUUGCUUGUGCAUUCUUUAGGAAAUCUAUCACAGGGUACACUAUCAAGUUUGCAACUACAAGAGUUGCUUCAACAACUACCAUAUUUGCUGCAACAGUUACGGUAAUUGUUGCAACAACUUUUAUUAGUUAUUAUGUUACUGCAAUUAUCAAAGUUGUUGCAGCAACUUCGAUACUUACUUAA